AUGACUGUAAGAAUAAAAGUAGAAAAUGGGUUUGAGAGGAUAACAGUUGACAACAACAUGUACGCUAGACAGUACCGAAAUACGCAACAUCCGGUAAGUGGGUCCAUAGCAGUAGACGGUGCAGCAGGUGAAAAGAACUGGUCUACUGGUGCACUGCGGUGCACAGAAGCACGUCUAACGAAUCAAUACUGCACGAGUGCUGCACAACGGGAGAGAAGGGAGUGCAGGGAUGCGAGUGAUGCCCGGGUGGAAAUGAGAGAGAGCUGCUAG